GAAUAAGAGUGGUGAUUACGAAGAGACGUCGACACGGUAUUUUUUGUUCGUUCUCGUCGCUUCUUGCAGUAUUUUAUACUUCGCCCUUUUGAUAUCCUUUUGUUUGAGAACAUCAACAGCAAUCUCUUCCUGCUUCAUUCGCCCGCCGUCGAGCUAAUCGCGUCAUUGAAGACUGAAUUUACUCUCCUGCGUUUCGAUCCGCGAUGGGUGUUCCCAAAUUCUUUAGAUGGAUGAGCGAAAGGUAUCCGGCUAUCUCGCAGCUUAUUGCAGAGAACCGGAUACCGGAGUUCGACUGCCUCUAUCUCGACAUGAAUGGCAUCAUUCAUAACUGCACGCACAAAGACUCCGACUCUCCGACCUUUCGAAUGAGCGAGGACAAGAUGUUCAUCGCCAUCUUCAACUAUAUCGAACAUCUAUUUGGAAAGAUCAAACCUAAGCAACUGUUUUUCAUGGCUAUUGAUGGCGUUGCUCCUCGUGCAAAGAUGAACCAACAGCGGUCGCGAAGAUUUCGGACUGCUUUGGAUGCAGAGGUAGCAAAAGAGAAGGCCAUCAAGAAUGGCAUGGAAAUGCCCAAGGAAGAUCCUUUUGACAGCAAUUGCAUCACGCCAGGUACUACAUAUAUUGUUCAUUAAUGUGCAGUAGACUGACAUUAUAAAAAGGAACGGAUUUCAUGGCCAAGCUUACUCAACAGCUUAAAUACUUUAUUAACAAAAAGGUGUCUGAAGACCUUGACUGGAAGGGAGUCGAG